CAUCGCGUGUAACUUGAGGUGUUCGGUGUUUGGUAAUCUCCCCUUUUGGAAGGGGUCGUGAAGUUUUGUGCGAAAUAUGCGUUUGUGAUUUUGAGAAGAAGUGCACGAAAGGAUUACACAGUUGCAAAAAUGUUCUUCCGUCGAGUGUUUGCCAAGAAUGGCAAUUCAUCAACCAGCGGCGAGGGGUCCUCGAGUACUUCAAACUCGUCGAACAACAACGUCAGCGCUUCUCCCGCACGGUAUCGACGGGUUCUGAACGUGGAAGACAACCACAGAGUGCUAUCAGUACUUCAGCUGACACCCCUUUGGGAGUACAUCAUCCGGAACAACGAACUCCCGGUCGGGCUGAACAUGAACGAGCUGUUCCGGGAGUUUCUGGAGCGACUGCACGACCCGGAGUACCAGGUCCGGCAGCAUUCGCUCCGGGUGUUGAUCGACGUGUUGAUUGUGCUCCGUGAUGAAUCUGACGUGUACUUUGCCCCGUUGUUGCCACCGAUCAUCGACAACCUUGGCCAUCCGUCGCCGGCCGUCCGGAAGGGAGCUCUGGACGUGCUGAAGGUGUACAUUGCUCAAACGAAGAUGCCCGAAACGGUCAUGCUGGAGAUCAUGAACUACGGGAUGGAUCGUAAUCCGAAGGAUCCUCUCAGUACUCGAUACAUCGUCGGCGUUAUGCUUGCACUGCCCUCGCUCAUCCAACCGGCUAUCCUUACGGCAAAACGCGUCUUCAUAUUGCGAGCCGUCAUCAACGCCCUAGGUGGUAAAAUGGUUCAGAUAACGUACCAGGAAAUCGCCCUGAAGAUCUUACUCAAAAUCAAAAACUCCAUCGGAUCCCGGGAAUUCUACGAAUGCAUCUCCGUUUCGUACCGAAGAGAUUUCGACCUCUUGUGCAACGUGUACGGCCUGCCAAAUCCACUCAAGAGUCCGCGACGAGAAACGGUCAUAAACCUCACCCCACCGGGUUCAGAGGUUCCCGUGCGUAAAUCCUGGAAGCCACACGUACCCCAAGUUCCUACCACGGAGAUGCAGCAACUGAUGCAACCGCUAUCGCCGAAAGCUCAACGGUGGAAAUCGGGCAGCUACAACGACAUCUCUCGCGGAGAAUACUACGAUCACGAAAGCAAGUCCCGCUUCCGAGCUUCCGACGAUCGGCUCAACCACAAUCCGUACGCCAUCAGCAAACUUCCUGCACACGGGAGUUCGGUGGUGCGACGCGUGAGUAUGGAAAACAUCGACAAGAUCGAAGAGUCGAAAGUGAUACUGGAAACGGAGAUCAAGAUCAACAAGGAGGCAGUUACCAUGCGAAUCUUGGAAGCGGAAAAUUCUCAAUCAAUCAGUGAAGAAAGUGACGAAGACAACUGCAAACGGUACGGUAUAGUGCGAGUGUUGACGGACAGUGAAAUUGACGAGGGUGGGACUUCAAAGACUGUCGCAUCUUCUAGUAUGAUGCAGGACCAGUCUUCGGACGAAUACGUGAGAAGAACUCCCCGGAGAGUGAGAUUUGGUGGUGAAAUAGUGAAAAUGAGGACACCUGAUAGUGAUACGCUGGACCACAGUGAUCAAGAUGGAUUAACGAUUUCGCAGUCUUCAAGUUCUAGUGUGCUUACUAAUGUGAACCAUCCUACGACGAGGUCUUCCGAUCGAUCCUCACCCAUACGAUCAGCUCUCAAAUCUUCAGUAUCUUCUACCGAUCGAUCAAGUUCCUCUAUGCGUAGGCAGUAUUCCCAGUCGGCGGACACUGAACGCUCGUCUCCACCCAUCAGCAGUGACUACAUCAACAACAACAACAACCACCGACCAAUGUCAGCAAAGCCAAGCAGCAGCUACAUGAGUUCGGACGAAACUCCCCAUCCACGGCAGGCAGCUUUCGCCAGACGAAGAAGUGUUACCUUCGACGAAGACGAUAUGCGCACGUCUACCUUGACCGUAACUACGCUGGAUCAAUCCCCAACACCGUCUCCUUCACCCGAACCGCCAGAACCACCGGAACCACCCAAAGAACGUCCAAAGUCAUCCCGACCGAAGUCGGGACGAGCACCUAAAGCUACCUUGGAAGACGAUGAGCAGCCUGAAUCGCCACCACCCAAAGCGGAGCCGGAGCAAAAAGUUCCCGAAACCCCGGAUACUCAAAGUCAUCCGGAACCACCGGAAACAAACCAUUUGCUGGCGGAGAAAAUCGAAGAAGUGAAGCAAGCGAUUCAGGGGAUCGAGGAAAAGAUCAACAACGUAGUUCGACAAACCGUCGAAGCGGUUACCGCUGAACUGCCGAGCAGUCCGUCAAAGCUGGUGAAGGCCGACUCUGCGGAUGCUGCGGUACCCGCGAGUACGCCCAAAUUGCAACACAAUCUAUCGCUGGAAGUGCUGCUUAAAACCAGCACCGAUACCAAGGAGAACAAGGAUGGUGGUCCGGAAGAUCCGAAAGAUUACACCAAGGAACUCAACAUUGACAUCCCAAAAGAGGAAAAGCUGAACAACGAAGUUCCACCGCAACCAGCGAUCGAGAGGACGUCAAAAAUACCAAAGAUGAUCAAAACGGGCAUUCCCAAGCUCAACACGAUGCCAUCGCCAACCAGGACUAAAAAUACCACAAAAUUCGACGGAGGUUCCCAACCAGCCAGCGCCACCAUGUCCCCAAACAAAAUGCUUACGGUCCACGAUCGAGGUCGAUCGCGGCGGCGAAGUCGGUCGGCUACGAGCCUGCUACUGCAGCGCAGCAUCUACAAGAGUCCGUCCGCGCUGAGUCCGGUUCCGCACAGUGGUAUAGAAAUGAUACACAACCUGCUGCGAAGUCCGGCCACUUCCCCGAACAGGGAAAGGCGAAAGAACUCAACUCAAGAAGCCAACGACAACAACAACAACAGCAUCGAAAUGAACAACUUGAACGGCACGAAAGAUAAGUGCUUCAACGUGAACGAGGACGACAUCUACGACGUCUUUGGGAAGACCAUAGCCACGCAAACGUCUACGGAGGAGAUUGAGGUGGGAAGAUCGUUGGGAUCGCGAUCGGGUACGGACAUCGAGAUUCCCAGCAUCGUCAACGUUCUGCCCACCGAUUCGAGCACGGAUGCGGAAAAUAACUUCAAACCUCAGAGCAGACCUAUCUCACGAGCCAGUUCCCCGAAGUUCAUCGAAGCGAGAAUCGUCAACUCCUGGGAAGACCUGGGCAUCGUCGAUCAAGUUGCUCUCGUUCAGCUCAAAAGUGGAGACUGGCGGAUACGGUCCCAAGGUUUCUGCGCCAUCGAAGAGUCCCUCCGCUCGACGGACAACCUGGCCAAGGUUCAGCCGUAUCUGGAGUCACUGCUGCGAACGCUGCUCUCGUCCGAGCGCAAUGUGGACGUCAUCGAGGACAAGGUCCGCAUGCUGGUCAACCUGAUCUCGCGACUACCGCUGGAGAACCUGGAGGACCGCGUCGCCCAGAUCAUGACCGGACUGUGCCGGCAGGGCGGCCCCGGCAGCAACACCGUGGCCAAAGCCCUCAUGCAACGACUGCCAACGGCUGCCAUCGUGCAGCGACUGCUAUCGGACGAUUUCCUACAUGCCAAAAGCUCAAAGUUCCGCGAGAAUGCCCUGCAAAUGGUUCUGUUUGCACUGAUGACAUUUCCCAGCACGUACUUUGAUGUCCAGGCGCUCAUUUCGCGGGCCACCGUGGCUGCGGUGGACCGGAAGAAACGGGUUCGACACGGAGCGCUGGACGUGCUAGCGGUACUAGGCCAAAUCGGCUCGCCCAAGCUGGUCCUGGACGUGGUGUGUUCCGCCGUCGGGCAACGCCCCGACGGGAACCACCUGAUAGCGGCCGUGAAGGCGCGACUCGCCCGCAAGCAGCUUCCCUUCAUCGGACCGGACGGCAGCGUCGAGUACGCGCUCAAGGUGCCCUCCUGCCGGACCAGCUCGGUCAUCAUGUUCGGCGCGGACGUGGACUGGAUCGAAGCCGGCAGCGGGUCCGCCUCGCCGACCUCGACCCGCUCCCGGAACAACUACCCGAGCUUCCAGGUCGACAGCAGCGGCUCGUUUGACGAGUACAAGAGGAAACCAAGCUUCCAGGUAUUCGACGAGGUGAAGCAACCCAUCGAGUCCAGCAAAGUGUACAGCUCCGGCUGGGGGGCCUCCAAGAUCCCGGUUAGCCAAACGGAAAAUAACGUACCAACAAACAAUGGAUCGAGACCUUUCUACGGCAAUUUACAAUCUCGGUCAUAUCCGGAGCUGUCCGAGCAGCAGCAGCAGCAGCGGAAGGGUAACAACGGUGGUGCCGGUGGCCAAGGUGGAAAGGCGCACCCUAAUGGCAACGGCAAUAGUAACGGACGACAUGCCAAACAACCAACAGUUUCAAGGUUUCCGGAAAUGGAACCGGCUCGCCAGAACGGAAGGAACGGCCUAAACGGCAAAAAUAGCAACCCGUACGAGAUGAAACCGCAGACGAGGACGAAUCGCAGCAGGCUGUGCUCGAGGAUGAGUGAUGGCUUCAUGAGUGACACGAUAGCCAAUGCCAACCGGGUGCUACAAAGUGAGUCCCGCCCCUCGACUGAUCCGGCCAUCGAUAAUGGGGCGAUAAGGCAGUCGCGGAACGGAAUGAGAUUCUACAAUCCCAAUGUUAUGAUGAGCAACGGCAACAACAACCCAGCAAAACAACAAGUGAGCACGCAUGUGCAGAAUAAGCAAGAUCUGGAUCAGCGUCCCCAUUUAUCACCGGGCAAAAGCUACGGCAACAGCCAAAACAAUGGCACUAGUAACGGCGGCGGACGCUUCUUUGGCGCGAAUAGCACAAUCGAGACACCUCAUCGGCCGCGGUUUCUGGGCGAGGGUGGCGUGCCGACGGCGGCGGGGGCAGGAAUCAAUCAGGAAAGCUACAUUAUUCAUCGCGACGAGCAGUACGAUAGUGAGAACGAUGAAAAGUCCAGCAAUGACUCGACCUCGACCCGAAUCAUCUCGAACAGUACGUUUAAUUUCGGUGGCAAGGGAAGCGACCCGUACCCGCCCACGACCCCCGGCUCGAUAAUGUCCUCGCGGCCACAAUCCGUUACCUCACACAAGUCGAUUGGCUCUGGGAUAUUGAAGAACGACGGACGCCUCUCUCGGACUAGUGCCAUCUCGCACAGUAAUACCUCGCUGAAGCAGCAGAGUGCUGCCGGCGGUGGAGACAACGUGUCCAUCAAGUCGGCACGAUCGGCGAAGAGUAGGACCGACAACGAGGCGUGGUACGAGCGAGAGUCGACUCCGGUGCGUAGCGAAGACGUCAUCAGUUCCAACCAGGUGCAGUACGAGUCGGACUACGAUGACGAGGACAUUGAAGAGGUGAUAGAACCUCCAAAGCGGACUACAACACCGAAGCGUUAUCCCACGCCCAGUCCUGCCCCGCUCCAGCAAUCCUAUUCAACCGAAGAACUGUCCAACACCAGCUACCAUCAACCGGAGGAACCGGAAGCAUCUCCACCACCCAAAAGCAGAGUGCAAUCGGCCAGUCUAGGAAACCUGCAGCAACUAGACGACGAAGAAGAGCCCGCCCAGCCAGCACCUCCCAAGAAAAUCCUCAAAAAACCGUUCCUAGUCCGCAAGAGCAGCAAGGUUGCCCCGGCCAAAGAAACAACCCCCGUCGGAGGAUCAACCAAGGGCAAGUCCAAAGGUAACGAAGUCAUAUUCCAAAAGAACCUACGAAAGUUUGAAAAGCCCAAAGACGCCCUCGCCAACUGCAUCAUCCACCUGGAGAGUCCCAACUGGGAGCAGAACGUCACCGGACUCCAAAUUUUCGUCCGUCUAAUCCGCCACCACCCGGAAGUGAUCGACUCCCAAAUCCAUCUCCUCUCGGUCGCCCUCGCGCGCCAGGUCCGCAAUCUGCGCUCGCAGGUCGCCCGCGCUGCCUGCCAAGCCUCCGCCGAGUUCUUCUCCACCCAUCGACGCUGCAUCGAAGGCGAAGCGGAGGACAUUGCCACCCAUCUGCUGCACCGAACCGCCGACACCAACAAGUUCCUGCGGGCCGACGCCACCCAGGCGCUGGAAUCGAUGUGCGAGAACCUCUCGAACGCAAAGGUGAUCCACAUCAUAUCCUUCAAGGGGGCGACCCAUCAGAACGCCGUGGUCCGCACGACGGCCGCCAAAAUGCUGGACAAAAUCGUGCACCAGAUGGGAGCCGAGAAGGUUUUCGCACUGCCGAAGGAAUCGCGCGACAAGCUGGUGCUCACCGGAGCUCAACUCCUUCUCGAAGGUUCGCUCGAGACGCGCAACUACACCAAGAGCAUGUUCAAGCAGAUGUCGGACCAUCCGAGCUACAACAAAGUAUUACUGGACGUGAUUCCGACGCGCACGUACCGGAACAUUGAAAAGUCCCUCAAGAGCAUCCGGCAGAUGUAGAGCACGUGAUUCCUAAACAAACAAAACAAACAAAAACUGCAUAAAACUGUAACUAUAGAGCAUUCUUCUUGUGUUAUUAUCUAUCGGAAAACUUAGCUAAAUUAGACGAAAUCUUUGUACUCUGUAUCAUAAUCAUCUUGUAACUAAAUUUACUAUUAAAAUAAUAAAUGUUAUGAAUGA